AUGAGGGUAUUCGAAUCGCUCAACUGCAUUGUUUGCAAGGAACCGUUUGCUCGAGUUGCCAAUCAGCCUCGAUCUCCACGUCAUUUGUGUUGUGGAUUAGCCAUGUGCAAUGAAUGUUUCGAGCAGGAGCAAGAAUUGAACCAAGAAGAAGGAAAUCAUCAAUGUGGACGUUGGGACUUUCUCUACAGGGAAAAAUCUGCCUACUUUUUGAUUGACGUUUUGUCACAAGAAAGCGCUCUAGUGUUUACUCCAAUGGGAUAUGUCCUUCUGAAGCCUUUCAAAAUUCCGGAAUGCCCAUUUUGUCUUGAUGAAUUUUCGAACGAAAUCGAGGCAAAGAAAUCCGCAUGUAGCUUUGAAAUUUGUGGGGCUUGUGCUUACGUGAAACAUCAUUGGCACGGAGCCACUCCAUUAUUGGAGAAAAAGGCUAAUCAAAUGUCGAUGGAACUUCAACAAGAGUCAAGAAAUGUCAUCAACACUUACAAGGAUUUGGUUCCUAAACUGCACAAGGGGCUUCUCGAGGGCAUCAACGUCUUUGAAACGAAAUUACUUUUGAAAGAAGAAAUUCUCAACGACGCAGCAACUUUUGCCGAUUUACAGGAGAAACACGAGUCAUUUACAAAAAUAAAGUCCACCUUCGAAUCAUAUGCUGAGGAUUACUUACCUUGUUUACGCAAAUUCGACACUGGAGUUAACCAAUUGAUUCAAACUCUCAACGAGAUCCGUGAUGCC